AUGGUAAUGCUCAUCAGAUUCAGAGGCAAAGCAGCUCUAGCUCUAUCCGCUCACAGUUCCAAAUUUCACUGCAAUGGCUCUGGACACCUCCUUUCCUUAUACUGUUUCAGAUCUCAAUUUCUCUACUCAACAACCUCUACCCGUAAUCGUAUCUCAACCCAUUUCUUGAUUAAAUACCUGGUUGAUUCUCUAGGGUUCUCGAAAAAGGAAGCAAUUUCUACGUCUUCCAAGCUAACUCCACAGAAAACCAUAAAAAAUCCCGAUUUACUCCUCAAUUUCUUGAUACAAACCGGUUUUGACAAGACCCAGAUUAAAAAAUUGGUUUUUCGAGAACCCAGAUUGCUAUACCGUGAUGUUUCCAGAACCCUAAUACCCAAACGCCAGUGCCUUGUGGAUCUCGGGUUAUCCGGGUCGGACCUGGUGAGUGUAAUUGCAAAAGAUCCUAAUUUUUUUGAGAGAAGUUUAGAUACUCAUUUAAGACCUACCAUUGGUUGUCUCAGGAGAAUUUUGGGUAGCGAUGAAGAUGUUGUUAAGGCUAUUAAGAGAGCUGUUUGGUUGCUCUCUUUUGGUACCCAUCAUAUUAUGGAGACUAAUGUUUUGUUGUUGAGAAACUAUGGUUUUUCUGAUUUGAUGAUAAAAAAAUUUGUGCUUAGAAAUCCUACUUCUAUUACAAAAAACCCUGAGUGGUUUAAGGAUUUGUUGCAUAGGGUGGAGAAGGAUUUCCGAGUUACGCCUGACUCCACCACUUUUCUAUAUGGAUUUCGUGCGUUAGCCAGUCAAAAGAAGUCUACGCUGGAAAAGAAGAUUGGUAUUUUCAAGAGUUUUGGAUGGUCUGAUGAUCAUAUAGUCGAGAUGUUCAGUAAGCUACCUCAUUGUGUUGCUUUCUCAGAGCUGGAGAAAAGGGUGAUACCUCGGAUGCAAGUCUUGAAAAUUUUGGACGAAAAGAAGCUUAAGAGGAGAAAGUGGGCUCUUUAUCCUGUUCUGGUGUUAACAGAGUCAAAGUUCAUAGACUAUUUUGUGCUACCCUACAAGGAUCAGAUACCUGAUCUGUAUGAAUCGCACAAAAAAACUCUGGCUCCUUAG